GCUACGCCUCCAUGUGCACGGAAAGCCUGGGGAAGUACUGUUAGACCACAAAGCCCAAAUAAGUGCAUGUGACAUUUUGUCAUUUAUUUUAACAGAAUUGUGAACGAGAAAAGAUGGUUAAAAUUGGUGUCCAGCCCCCUCUUGGGCUUCAGAGUGAAAAGAAGGACGAGAGCAGUGAAGUCCUUAUCUGUACCACUCCGUACUCACAGGAUUUGCAGGCGAAGCAAAAGCGGUGUAAUCUCUGCUGUUUGAGCUUCACUUUGGUCAUUGUUCUCUCUGGGCUUGUGUUGGCAUCGUACUUUAUCUACAGAUAUUACUCCGUGGUUUCAUGGUGUGGUGUAAUUGAACCAAACUUUGAAGACUAUCAGGUUAUGGUCUGCGAGCUUCACUAUGACGACGAGGGUAAUGCAUAUUAUGCCCUUAGAAGUGAGCCAAAGAUGCAGGAGAUUGUGAAAUUCGAUUCUGAUGAUGACUACGAGCUCAUAGAUAAUGAGAGUGACAAUGCAAUGGUUAUACAUGACUUCCAGAAGACAUUGACUGCUUAUCUGGAUUACACUGUAGAUGAGUGCUAUAUCACACCAAUGAACACACAAACUGUGAUGCCCCCAAAUGCUUUUCACGACCUGCUGGUUGAGAAUGGGAUGUCUUUGACUGAUGGGCACAUUGUUAAAGAAGAGUUUACCAUCGGCGAUGAAGUGGAUGAUAUUGCUGAGCAUAGUGUCACCAUUUCAUACUUCUGCAAUGAGAAGAAAAAAUUCUACAUGAAACAGAGGAGCACCAUACACCGCAUUGACAAAAGGGAGGUGAACAACUGUCGUACCAUACGUCACUUUGAAAAUACCUUUGGGGUUGAAACCACUAUCUGCCGCUGAGCCUGCAGCAAGUUACACAGCUGAACGUAGCAGUGCUUUAGGCAGCAGCAUCUGAUGUGCAUCUGCACUCUUCCAUUGCUUUAUCUAUCUCCAACACAUGAAAUCAAAGCAGAACGUAAUCUGGUACUGAGGAUUUCACCUGGUCACACUUCCCUUCUCUAGGUCACAUAUUAAGUUGGUCACUGGUUUAUCUAUGUUUCCACUUCCAGGCCUACUGUCUAGAAUGGAAAUGUAGUGUCACAUAUUAGUAUCACCAUCAUGUCAUUUACCUCUUUUGCCACUACUGUAGUUUGGAAGCUGCUUAAAAAUUUAAAUCUACAUCGGUUGCCAUGGACAGCUUCCUUCAAAGUGUCUGAAGCAGUCUAAUAAAAAAGGAAGCAGGCUGUAAGUACUCCAAACCACAUUAUUUAUUGUGAGCGCUUUCGACAGAGACAAUGCUCCAACUU